AUGCAUUCCCCUGCCUAUCAGUGUGUCGUCCUGCCUGUUGCGUCCAUCCACGGUCAUCUUGGUCCAAUUAUUCCAUUCACAUCAAUGCCCCCGCAGACCACCACCACUUACGCAUGCUUUGUCCCACAAGGAUCUCGACCAGAGGUAGUCCAUUCGAACGCCAUGGUCGAGACCCGAAGAGUAGACGUGGUGGCAUUUUCGUGGAGUAACCGACUGCUCCCCCAAAGCUAUAUAAGAAGGACAACCCCUCGUCCUGAUCGUAAUUUCAUUCACACAUCUACAGAGUUACAAUCCAACUCAGACACUCCUUUUGAACUCUACUCUCUCCUGUUACCUAGAGUAACAUAUUCCAUUUCAAGACCUAUAUCAUCAUCGCUUGACGCGACCUCACACUCCUUCAAAAAAAUGCAACUCACCAAGUCUCUUCUGCUGCUGGCAGCCCUUGCCUCCACUUCCCUUGCUCGCCCUGAGGGCCACGAGAGACGUCAAGCCUCUACCACCACCUCGGCUGCCUCCUCUACCUCUUCUACCUCUUCCUCCUCUUCCUCCGCCGGUGGCGGCUUCGGUGCUAAAACCUCCAACUCCGGCUCCGGAAUCACCUACCAGGGCAACGUCGGCGACCCCUACGGUAGCAACAUGAUCGAGAUCUCCUCCGAUGAUGCCUCGAACUACAAGCACGUCGCCAAGAUCUCCGGCGAGAACAGCGAGCCCUGGGACCUGAUCUUCUUCAACAAGUACGGCCCCGACGGCAAGAUGGACGGCUGGUUCGGCCACUCCGCCCUCACGCUUACCCUCAACUCCGGUGAGACCAAGUACGUCGCCUUCGACGACGACACCAACGGCGGUUUCGCUGCCGCUCCCAGUGGCAGCAUGCCCCUUGACCCUGGUGGCGGCUACGCCUCUACCUGGGGUGAGUUCGACUUCAGCAGCACCGGCAAUGGCGGCUGGUCCGGCUUCGAUGUCUCCGCCAUCGUUGCUCAGAACGCUGGCGAGGCUGUCCAGGGUAUGAAGAUCUGCGAGCAGGGCGGCGGCACUUGCUCCAGCAUCUCGCCCGAUGCUUCGUCUGUCGAUAACGCCUACACCACUGGCGAGACUGAUAUCGGUGGAAUUGGCGGCAACAUCUCCGGAGACGGUAACGUUCUGCUCGAGGUUACCGUCAACUGGCAAGGCUAA